AUGGACGCAAUUGACAUUGGGGCUCCUACACCCACCCCGUUGCCCGAUCCCCCGGUCAAGGACUUCAUGACGGAUGCUCAAUGGGAAACGCUCUACGCUCUUCUAGACGGUGUAUUGCCUUGCAUCACCUCAACUACCUCUUCUGAUGUCAAAGACAAAAACUCCGGCAUUCUACUAUCCGACACUGAUUUCGAAGCUCUCAUCGACGACUGCACUGCCGCCCUCUCGAAUCCUCCUUCGAGACACAAGAUUAAGGAGUAUCUCGAAUUUCGCCCCUCUCAAGAUGAAAACUUCCGUGACGAUUGCCUGCGAUCCCUCGCCAUUGUUCCCCAGAGGAACCAGCUGAUCAAGAUCUUGAAUCUCCUCGGCACCGUAGUAGCCGCCCCUUCAAACCUGCUUUUCCUCUAUGCGGCGAAUGAGGUCGACUGGUCAAUACAAGUUUUGCUGACCAUCCGUUCUCGCAAUAGUGGCCAUGCAGGUAGCAUGCUUCUGACCGGCUACUGGACUCCAAUCACUCAGCAGCCAACAAAGGUUCGAGAAGCCAUUCUCAAGUCAUGGGCCACAUCCCGCCUCACUCCCUUGCGCAUGCUGGCAAAGGCUCUUGCGCAAAUGGCUCAGAAAGCAAACGCCAUCCACAGCCCUUACUUCAGGGAGAUUUCCGGCUACUCGGACGCUCCCAAGGACUGGAAACCUGUUGAGGGAUAUGAAUAUAACUUUAUUCGGGUGCCUGCCGGUACCGGCGUGCACGAAAUCACUACUGACGUAGUCAUUGUCGGAUCUGGCUGUGGAGGAGCUGUCUCGGCCAAGAACAUCGCCGAGGCUGGUCAUAAAGUCCUUGUUGUUGACAAGGGCUACCACUUCCCACCGUCCCAGCUUCCCAUGACACAAGCAUCCGGUUCUCAUCAUCUGUUCGACGCCGGUGGUGUUUUCUUUUCGGACUCGUCGAGCAUGGGAGUCGCGUGCGGUGGCUGCUGGGGCGGCGGUGGCACGGUGAACUGGAGCGUCUGCUUCCGACUACAGGACUUUGUGCGUGAGGAGUGGGCUGCUGCCGGACUGCCUCUAUUCACAUCCAGCGACUUUGACGACAGCAUGGACCGCGUCUGGGACUUCAUUGGGGCCAGCAAGGAUGCCAUCCGCCAGAAUCCGCGAAACCAAGCUCUGCUAGAUGGAACUCAGAAACUUGGCUGGAAGGGUGGAGUUGUGGAGCAAAAUACAGGCGGCAAGGAACACUACUGUGGUCAGUGUCACCUUGGUUGCGGCUCAGCGGAGAAGAGAGGUCCUACGGUGGCCUGGCUGCCGGCUGCCGGUGACGCGGGUGCUGAGUUUAUGGAAGGUUUUGCUGUGGACAGGGUUGUCUUUGCAGAGGACGGCGUCACCGCCGUUGGAGUGGAAGGCACAUGGACUGCUAGAGAUGAGAACGGCGGUGUACACACGCCACAGAACACUCGAACGCAGCGGCGUGUGGUCGUCAAGGCUAAGAAGGUCAUAAUCUCAGGCGGUUCCAUGUGGAGUCCGCUUAUUUUGACCAAGAGUGGUAUCAAGAACCCCAAUGUCGGAAAACACCUUCAUCUGCAUCCCGUCAACUUGGUGUCAGCUAUCUUUGGCAAAAAGGACCUGGCGUCAUGGGAAGGGGGUAUCAUUACAUCUUACGUCGACGAGUUCGAGAAUUUAGACGGAAAAGGUCAUGGUGUGAAGCUAGAACCUGUUGUUAACGUUCCAUACGCUACAUACUCUUUACAGACAUGGAGGGAUGGCAUUGACGCCAAAUUACUAGCACUGAAGUAUCGACACAUCGGUACCUUCAUCGUACUAACCCGGGAUCGCGACACCGGCCGCGUCUACCCUGACCCUCGAAAGGGCACGCCACGCAUCCAGUACGACACAUCUGACUUUGACCGCGAACAUACCAUCGAGGGUAUCAUUGCCCUGGCCAAGAUCUGCUACGUCACAGGGGCGACCGAGAUCAGGCCUCACCUUCAUCACCUGGAGCCGUUUGUGGCCAGCGACGGGGGCAAGCGACAGGCUGAGCACCAGGCCGGCAAGGACCCCGAGUUCACCGACCCGGAAUUUGCCGCCUGGAUCAAGAAGCUGCGCGUGGCCGACAACCAGGGCCCAACUGCGAUGUGGAUGUCAGCUCACCAGAUGGGCUCGUGCCGCAUGAGCGCCGAUGAGGACACUGGCGUUGUUGACAUGAAGGGCAAGGUAUGGGGAGCGAACAACUUGUACGUCGCGGACGCGAGUGUCUUCCCUAGUGCCAGUGGUGUCAACCCCAUGGUUACGGCCAUGGCCUUGGCAGACUGGAUCUCGCGGGGCGUCGCUAGUGAAUUGGCUGGAGAGUAG